GAAGGAGGAGGAGGUAGCCGGCUCUGCCCCAGCUCUGGCUCGGGCUCUGGCAGCUGAGUUUGGGAGCUGCCUGAGAAGUGAUUUCCCCCCUCGUAAAGGCAAAUGGCUGGCGUAGAAGCGUAAGCCGCCUCCACUCGUCGGAUCUGUGCUUGGUUCUUCUCUUGCACCUUGGGACUCGCGAUCGUCAUGCUGUGAUGUGUGCCGAGGGAGGAAUUGAUCACCUACACAACCUGGAUCUCUCCGCGUUUUGGACAUGACUGAGCCUCUUCAAUGGGCCAGAUAUCACUGGCAGCGACUGACCCGUGGUACCAACAGGGACGACGAUGAGAGACCAUACAACUAUUCCUCUCUGCUUGCCUGUGGGGGCAGGUCCUCUCAGACCCCCAAAGUGGCGGGAAAGCACCGGGUGGUUGUUCCCCACCUCCGGCCCUUCAAGGACGAGUAUGAAAAGUUCUCUGGAACCUACGUGAAUAACCGAAUACGAACAACAAAGUACACACUUCUGAAUUUUGUGCCAAGAAAUUUGUUUGAACAAUUUCACAGAGCCGCCAAUUUAUAUUUCCUGUUUCUAGUUGUCCUGAACUGGGUGCCUUUGGUAGAGGCUUUCCAAAAGGAAAUUACCAUGCUGCCUCUGGUGGUGGUCCUUACAAUUAUCGCAAUUAAAGAUGGCUUGGAAGAUUACCGAAAAUACAAAAUUGACAAACAGAUCAACAAUUUAGUAACUAAAGUUUACAGUGGGAAAGAGAAAAAAUAUGUCCACCGAUGCUGGAAAGAUGUUGCUGUUGGGGACUUUAUCCGCCUCUCCUGUAAUGAGGUCACUCCUGCAGAUAUGGUCUUACUCUUUUCCACUGAUCCAGAUGGAAUCUGUCACAUCGAGACUUCCGGUCUUGACGGAGAGAGCAAUUUAAAGCAGAGGCAGGUGGUUCGGGGAUAUGCAGAGCAGGACUCUGAAGUUGAUCCUGAGAAAUUCUCCAGUAGGAUAGAAUGUGAAAGUCCAAACAAUGACCUCAGCAGAUUCCGAGGCUUCCUAGAACAUUCCAACAAAGAACGUGUAGGUCUCAGUAAAGAAAAUUUAUUACUUAGAGGAUGCACCAUCAGAAACACAGAGGCCGUUGUGGGCAUUGUGGUUUAUGCAGGCCAUGAAACCAAAGCAAUGCUGAAUAACAGUGGUCCAAGGUAUAAGCGCAGCAAAUUAGAAAGAAGAGCAAAUACAGAUGUCCUCUGGUGUGUCCUACUGUUGGUUAUAAUGUGUUUAACUGGUGCAUUGGGUCAUGGAAUCUGGUUGAGUAGAUACAAAAACAUACUCUUUUUUAAUAUCCCUGAGCCUGAUGGACAUGUCCUAUCACCAGUGUUGGCAGGAUUCUAUAUGUUUUGGACCAUGAUCAUUUUGUUACAGGUCUUGAUUCCCAUUUCUCUUUAUGUUUCCAUCGAAAUUGUGAAGCUUGGACAAAUAUAUUUUAUUCAAAGUGAUGUGGAUUUCUACAAUGAGAAAAUGGAUUCUACUGUUCAGUGCCGAGCCCUGAACAUCACCGAGGAUCUUGGACAGAUUCAGUACCUCUUUUCUGAUAAGACAGGAACCCUCACUGAGAAUAAGAUGGUUUUUCGAAGAUGUAGUAUAGCUGGCUUCGAUUACUGCCAUGAAGAAAAUGCCAAGAGGUUGGAGUCCUAUCAGGAAGCUGUCUCUGAAGAUGAAGAUUUUGCAGACACUCUCAGCGGCUCCCUCAGCAAUGUGGCGAAACUGAGGGCCCCCAGCUGCAGAACGGUUCAUAAUGGGCCUUUGGAAAGUAAAUCCUCGAAUCAUCUUGCUGAGAGCUGUUUUGCUCUAGGAAGUGGAGAAGGAGCCAGUGAAGUGCCUCACUCCAGGCAGGCUGCUUUCAGUAGCCCCAUUGAAACAGAUGUGGUACCAGACACGAGACUUUUGGACAAGUUUAGUCAGAUUACACCUCAGCUAUUUACCCCACUAGAUGAGACCAUCCCAAAUCCACCCCUGGAGACUUUGUAUAUCAUCGACUUCUUUAUUGCAUUGGCAAUUUGCAACACAGUAGUGGUUUCUGCUCCUAACCAACCACGACAAAAGAUCAGACUCUCUUCACUGAGUGGAAUGCCCAUUAAGUCUUUGGAAGAGAUUAAAAACCUCUUCCAGAGAUUGUCUGUCCGAAGAUCGAGUUCACCAUCUCUUGCCAUUGGGAAAGAGCCAUCUUCUGGGGUCCCAAACGCCUUUGUGAACAGACUCUCUCUCUUUAGUCGAAUGAAGCUGGCUUCACCUGUGGAGGAAGAGGUCUCCCAGAUGAGCGAGAGCCCCCAGGGCUCUGAGAAUGCAGCUUGCCCUACAGAAAUAGAGAAACAAGACAGUGAUGCAGGCAUCACAAAUGGCAAGGUGGAAUCCCUCCCUGGACAGCCCUUGGCCUCCAAGCUGUGUUAUGAGGCCGAGAGCCCAGAUGAAGCAGCCUUAGUGUAUGCUGCCAGGGCUUACCAAUGCACUUUACAGUCCCGGACCCCCGAGCAGGUCAUGGUGGACUUUGCUGCUUUGGGACCAUUAACAUUUCAACUCCUACACAUCCUGCCCUUUGACUCAGUAAGAAAAAGAAUGUCUGUGGUGGUCCGACAUCCUCUUUCCAACCAAGUUGUGGUGUAUACAAAGGGUGCUGAUUCUGUAAUCAUGGAAUUGCUCUCCGUGGCUUCCCCAGAUGGAGCAAGUCUGGAGAAACAACAGAUGAUAAUAAGGGAGAAAACCCAGAAACACUUGGAUGACUACGCCAAACGAGGCCUGCGCACAUUGUGUGUAGCCAAGAAGGUCAUGAGUGACACUGAAUAUGCAGAGUGGCUGAGGAAUCAUUUUUUAGCUGAAACCAGCAUUGACAACAGGGAAGAAUUACUACUUGAAUCUGCCAUGAGGUUGGAGAACAAACUAACUUUACUUGGUGCUACUGGCAUUGAAGACCGUCUGCAGGAGGGAGUCCCCGAGUCUAUAGAAGCCCUUCACAAAGCUGGCAUCAAGAUCUGGAUGCUGACAGGGGACAAGCAGGAGACAGCUGUCAACAUAGCUUAUGCAUGCAAACUGCUGGAGCCAGAUGACAAGCUCUUUAUCCUCAGUACCCAAAGUAAAGAUGCCUGUGAGAUGUUGAUGGGCACAAUUUUGAAAGAACUUCAGAAGAACCCAGCCUCUACAGGGCAAGUGUCGUUAACUGAGAAUUUAUACCAGCCUCCUACCCCACAAGACUCAGGGCUGCGGGCUGGACUCAUUAUCACUGGGAAGACCCUGGAUUUUGCCCUGCAGGAGAGUCUGCAGAAGCAGUUCCUGCAGCUCACUGCUUGGUGUCAAGCUGUGAUCUGCUGCCGAGCCACGCCGCUGCAGAAAAGCGAGGUGGUGAAAUUGGUACGCAACCAUCUCCGGGUGAUGACUCUGGCCAUCGGUGACGGUGCCAAUGAUGUUAGCAUGAUACAAGUGGCCGACAUUGGGAUAGGGAUCUCAGGUCAAGAAGGCAUGCAGGCUGUGAUGGCCAGUGACUUUGCCGUUUCUCAGUUUAAACAUCUCAGCAAGCUCCUUCUGGUCCACGGGCACUGGUGUUAUACACGACUUUCCAACAUGAUUCUCUAUUUUUUCUACAAGAAUGUGGCCUAUGUGAACCUCCUUUUCUGGUACCAGUUCUUUUGUGGGUUUUCAGGAACAUCCAUGACUGACUAUUGGGUUUUGAUCUUCUUCAACCUCCUUUUCACAUCUGCCCCUCCUGUUAUUUAUGGUAUUUUGGAGAAAGAUGUGUCUGCAGAGACCCUCAUGCAACUGCCUGAACUUUACAAGAGUGGUCAGAAAUCAGAGGCAUACUUACCCCUCACCUUCUGGAUCACCGUGUUGGAUGCCUUUUAUCAAAGUCUGGUCUGCUUCUUUGUGCCUUACUGCACCUACAAGGGCUCAGACAUUGACAUCUUUACAUUUGGAAACCCCCUGAACACGGCUGCUCUGUUCAUCAUUCUCCUCCAUCUGAUAAUUGAAAGCAAGAGUCUGACCUGGAUCCAUGUGCUGGUCAUCAUUGGUAGCAUCUUGUCUUAUUUCUUCUUUGCCUUGGCUUUUGGAGCCAUGUGUGUAACUUGCAAUCCACCAUCCAACCCCUACUGGAUUAUGCAGGAGCACAUACUGGAUCCAGUAUUCUACUUAGUUUGUGUCCUCACAACCUAUGUUGCUCUUCUGCCCAGGUUUAUAUACCGAGUGCUUCAGGGAUCCCUGUUUCCAUCUCCAAUUCUGAGGGCUAAGCACUUCGACAGACUAACUCCAGAGGAAAGGAUUGAAGCUCUCAAGAAGUGGAGAGGGACUGGAAAGAUGGGUCAAGUGACAUUUAAGUAUGUUGACCACUCAGCUACCAAGUCAGAGAGAAGACCCACGUCUGGCUCUUCUGAUGUCUUUGCAAUGAUGUCAGCAACUUCUUGUGCUGUUGAGCAAGAAAACUUAUCUGUACAUGAAACUGCUUUAGACUCAGACUACUCUGACAUGAAGCCCUCAGGGAUAGCUGGACCUGCAAAGGGUUAAAAAAGUAGGAUAUCCUCCUUGGAGUUACAAGUAUUUCUUCAAGUUUGGAAGAGGGACUUUGAAGAGGCAUCUCUACCAAGCAAGAAUGACUGGGAUAUUUCCUUAAGGGACUUUUGAACAUUUUACUUGGCUUGGAAAAGCCGAUGUGAUGACCUUUAUUGUAUGUUUGUAGAUACAUUUGCAAAAGAAGACAGAGUUUGACCUGGACAGAGUUUGAGGAAGUGAAAUAUUUAAUUCAGAAUCAAAUGCUUUUAUGAAACUUUUUGGAUUUUGUAAAAGCAUUUUAAUUGUCUUAGAAAUACAAACAUUUUCAAGGGGAUUCAUUUGAGAUGUAUUUAUUUUACUGGGAGAUCUCAAAUUCCAGGGAAAUGCUUUAAAUGAGCAGACUUCAAUCUGAAUGUUUUUUUAACUAAGAAAAAAAGUAGUUUUUAGACUGAUUAGUUAGAACUCAGGAGAAUUCCACAAGAAAAAAUGUUAUAAAUGGUUAAUUUCCAGAGAAAAAAUUCCUAAGAGCCUUUUAAACAACAGUGUACCUAAAAUAGGGUAAUAAUUGUACUAUUUAAAAUAUAGUGAUUAUUAGUAGAUUUUUAUUUCCUAUGGGAAGAUGCUUUUGGUCUUCUAACUGAAGAUCUUAGGCAUAACUCUCUGCUCAUUUCAGUGUUCUCCUGAGGUGGAGCCUCCAUUGCGAUGGGGCAGGAGGGUGCCAGGGUUCCAUAGGAACAUGUUCCUCUCUCAGCUUCUAGUCAAAAGGAGACCUUUUAUGAGGGCUGCUUCUGUGCAGAUGUUGUCAUUUGGGAAACAGAGGCCACUGGUGAGGCAGACAGAAUCAGCUGAGCCUAUAGCCCAUUUGGCAAUUUCCUGUAUUCUAAAACUGACAAUGAAAAAUGAGACAAUCAAUUUCAAAACAAUCUUCAAGAGACCAUCUGAGGGUUCACAGUCUUUACAAUACUCUACAACUUUUCUGGAGUUGUAACCUCUAAAAAUGAGAUAUUAUAAAUUGAGACUAAUACAGGUGGUUCUCAGGAGGUUCUUAAAAAAAUUUGUUUUUUAAUACAUUUUAGGACAGGAAUGUCUAUAGCAGUUUAACUGCUGUUGCAAAUCAUGUAUGCUGGCUUUAGUUGGAACAAAGAAACUACUUUAUACCAAGUAAGGAAGUAAGGCCAGGUGUUAUUAUAAGAUCAUGUAUUCUUGUUGGGUUCUUUUUUAAAAUUCUAUAUCUGUUCAUCUGAAAAUUGUCACCCACCAAUCACCCAGAAUUUCCUUCAUGAAAUCUCCAUGCUAGUGUUUCAUGUGUAUAUCAAGAUCUUCUUAAUGACUAUUAAACGAUUCUUCUCAGGGCGUACUCUUCUACCUGCUGCCUACUGUCCUGGUCUGACACUUUUUGUAGCCUUCUGAUAUUAUUGCAAAUAGUCUUUUAUAUAGACAUUUCUAGAACUUUCAAAAUCCCACAUGGCUAAUGGAGGUUGCUUUCUGUUUUCUUAUGAUUUUUUUAAAUAAACUGUUUAAUAAAUAACGUGUACCAAAAAUUGUCAUCCCUCCUGUAGAUACUCACCGAAUCCAACAGUAAUUGGUACCAGAACUUAGAAGGAAAAUCCCAAAGCCCACCUUUUACCAGAAUAUUGUUUUGGCCUUUUCUUAUAUGGAAAAAUCAGUGAUGUCUUAUCAUCUGUUAUCCUCAUAGCAGCUGGCAUUCAU